UCGCCGAUGUCUUCCCUUCUUCUAAACCCCAACAGAGCCUUCUCUCCACUCUCCCGACAAGUCCUCAAAGCAUCUUUCUCUUCUCUCUGCUCCAUCUCCAAUGCUCGAAUUCUGCUUGGCAGCCGUCCUACCGCCCAUAGAGUAGUUGGGUUUAAGCCGCGAGCCUCGCGAGAUAGCUUUGACGCAGAAGCACUGCCGGAGAGCAACACCAAGAAGAAGAGCAGGAACAAUAACAAAAAGAUCAUUCUCUUCGGUUCUACGCCGCCGCCGUUGUCGGAGGAGAGAGGAGGCAGCGCCGGAAACUCGAGCGGGAAGCCGGCCGCCGAAGGUUCCUCGUGGGUUUUCUUGCAGAGGGCGUUCAAGAGAGUGUUGGCCGUUCUGUCGAACCUCCCGUUGGCGAUCGGGGAGAUGUUCACCAUCGCGGCAUUGAUGGCUUUGGGCACGGUUAUAGAUCAGGGAGAGGCUCCAGAUUACUACUUCCAGAAAUAUCCAGAAGAAAAUCCUGUGUUUGGGUUUGUAACUUGGCGAUGGGUACUUGCUCUUGGUUUUGAUCACAUGUUCACCUCUCCAGUUUUUUUGGGCAUGUUGAUCUUGCUUGCAGCUUCACUAAUGGCCUGUACAUACACAACUCAGAUCCCUUUGGUUAAAGUUGCUAGAAGAUGGUCUUUUAUACACUCUGCAGAGACUAUUCGCAAGCAGGAUUUUGCAGACUCCCUUCCACAAGCAUCCAUUCAGGAUUUGGGCAUUAUUUUGAUGGGUGCAGGUUAUGAGAUCUUCCUAAAAGGGCCAUCUUUGUAUGCUUUCAAGGGAAUGGCUGGCCGAUUUGCUCCCAUUGGUGUGCAUUUAGCUAUGCUUCUGAUCAUGGCAGGAGGUACGCUUAGUGCUGCUGGAAGCUUUCGAGGAUCCGUAACAGUACCCCAAGGCCUGAAUUUUGUUGUGGGUGAUGUGAUGAAUCCUAAUGGUGUUCUUUCUUUUCCUAGUCAAGAAUUUGAUACUGAAGUUCAUGUUAACAGAUUCUACAUGGAUUACUAUGACAGUGGAGAGGUAUCACAAUUUUAUACUGAUAUUUCACUGUACAGUCUCGAUGGGAAAGAACUAAUGAGAAAAACAAUCAGGGUGAAUGAUCCAUUAAGAUAUGGAGGAAUUACAAUUUACCAGACUGACUGGGGUUUCUCAGCGCUUCAAAUUACUAAGAAUGGUGAAGGUCCUUUUAAUCUAGCAAUGGCUCCUUUACAGUUGAAUGGUGACAAGAAGCUUUUUGGAACAUUCUUACCAACUGGAGAUGCUGAUUCACCAAAUGUUAAGGGAAUAUCAAUGCUGGCUCGUGACCUACAGUCCAUUGUCUUGUAUGAUCAAGAGGGAAAAUUUGCUGGAGUUCGCCGACCUAGCUCGAAACUUCCAAUUGACAUCGAUGGUACAAGGAUCGUUAUCGAAGAUGCUAUUGGUAGCAGUGGCCUUGAUUUGAAGACUGAUCCAGGGGUGCCCCUUGUGUAUGCUGGAUUUGGUGCUCUGAUGCUGACAACCUGCAUCAGCUACUUCUCUCAUUCACAGAUAUGGGCACUGCAAGAUGGAACAACAGUCAUCAUCGGAGGGAAGACCAACAGGGCAAUGCUCGAGUUUCGUGAUGAGGUGAACCGAUUACUAGAUGAAGUACCAGAACUUGUUACCAUUGACAAGAACUUCAAUGGAUAAUUGUGAUUGGUUUGCUUCUGGCUUCGAUUUGAAUGGAUUGGUGAUGAGUUCAUCGGAGUUCUCAAGGCCUUGGUGAUACUUCUAUCGAUCGCUUUCAGACAUAUACUGUGCUCAAGCUGACAUUUUUACAAACACUUCGUUCGCCUCAGUCACAAUUCAAGAGGAGGAUCUACAGACACAAACUUCGGAGAAGAUUGUCAAUUCAAUUAUAUAGUCCUUAACAUUUGUAUAGCAUUUUUGGUUAAUUGUGAAGGCACCAUUUCCAAAUGUAAAGAAGAAAGAAUUCUUUUUUACCUAAAUUACACAAGUUCAAAAGCCCUGAAACU